GGGUGAGAGUCGGCUCUGUACAGUUCCAGACGAUCCCCACCCACACAAGUGGUCUAAUGUCGCGCGGCGGAUCAAUUCCUGAGCAGCGCCAGCAGGCGUCAGAAGCAGACGGCAUCGCCACCACCUUCCGGGCUAGCGAACAUCAGCAUAUCCGCUACAACCCGCUUCAAGAUGAGUGGGUGCUGGUGUCAGCGCACCGCAUGAAGCGGCCCUGGCAGGGGCAAGUAGAGCCCCCUCUCCUGACUACAGUUCCCCGCCAUGACCCCCACAACCCUCUGUGUCCCGGGGCCACACGGGCCAAUGGAGAGGUGAAUCCCUACUAUGACGGCACCUUUGUGUUUGACAACGACUUCCCAGCAUUGCAGCCUGAUGCCCCCAAUCCAGGUAACCUGGCUAUAGCUGCUGUUGGGCCGGGGGGAGGGUGGGGAAGAGAGGCUGGACCUCUUGGGGGACUUCUGUUGCAGACCGACACCCGACACCCUUUUACCUCAGGACCCAGUGAUCAUCCCCUUUUCCAAGCAGAGGCUGCUCGAGGAGUUUGUAAGGUCAUGUGCUUCCACCCCUGGUCGGAUGUAACACUACCACUCAUGUCGGUGCCUGAGAUCCGCACUGUCAUUGAUGCAUGGGCCUCAGUGACAGAGGAGCUGGGAGCCCGGUAUCCUUGGGUGCAGAUCUUUGAAAACAAAGGAGCUAUGAUGGGUUGUUCCAACCCCCAUCCCCACUGCCAGGUGUGGGCCAGUAGUUUUCUGCCGGAUAUUGCCCAGCGUGAGGAGCGAACUCAGCGGGCCUAUCAGAGUCAACGUGGAGAGCCCCUGCUAAUGGAAUAUGGCCACCAGGAGCUGCUCAGAAAGGAACGUUUGGUCUUAACCAGUGAGCACUGGUUGGUACUGGUCCCCUUUUGGGCAGUGUGGCCCUACCAGACACUGCUGCUGCCCCGUAGGCAUGUGCGGCGCCUGCCUGAGCUGACCCCUGCUGAGCGUGAUGAUCUAGCCUCUAUCAUGAAGAAGCUCUUGACCAAGUAUGACAACCUUUUUGAGACGUCCUUUCCCUACUCCAUGGGCUGGCACGGAGCUCCCACGGGAUCAGAGGCUGGAGCCAACUGGGAUCACUGGCAGCUGCAUGCUCAUUACUACCCUCCACUCCUGCGCUCUGCCACCAUCCGGAAAUUCAUGGUUGGCUAUGAAAUGCUUGCCCAGGCCCAGAGGGACCUCACUCCCGAGCAGGCUGCAGAGAGACUAAGGACACUUCCCGAGGUUCAUUACUGCCUGGGGCAGAAGGAUAGGGAGACAGCAACCAUCGCCUAACCACGCUGACCACAGGGCCUUCUGCUUGAGGGAACCAGGGACUGGGAUUGGGAAGAUGUGGAAUCAAUAAAACUAAACUGUGUUUCUCAAACUUUAAUCACAUAUUCUAAUGACAGAGGAGUAUGAACUAUAAUCCUCAGGGAUCUGGGUUAAAGGCCGAUGGCACAGCACCAGCCACAACUUUACUUUUGCCUGCUGAUACUCAAAAACUUAGAGUACAAAAAUUCCACCCCAAAUCUCAACCCAAAUGAAGACUCAGUGCUAUAUCUGCCCUAUAGAUUCUUGUAUUUCUGGAGUAACAAAGGCAUCAUAGUUUCAAGAAAUGUUUAAAAUCCUGAGUUCUUCGGGCGCCUGGGUGGC